CAUGGCCUUAACUUUUGUAAAGCUUUUUUAACCUCCAUAUAUUUUUAUUUGGGCAUAAUCAAGUGUGGCGGUUCGUCGGCGGCGUAGCGGCGGCAUCUCGUCCGCGGCGGGAAGCCAUUUUCGUGUAUAUUAAGGUGGUUGUUGAUUGUAGUUGGGUUCUUCUCAAAAAUCUAUUUGAUAGCGAAACCUCACCGUUACUCUUCUUCACAGAAAUUUGAAGGUAACCAUUCAAAUAUAUAUUUCUGUCUCCAAUUUUUUUUUUAAUUAACAAAAUGAGGUUUCUACUUCUCAUGCAUAUCGUAAGAAAAAAGAUAAAUAUGUAUUUACGUUUGAAGUUGGCCAACUAACACCUAAAUGCGGCGGCUCCUUCAGGCGGCGACCUUUUCCAAAUGAAAUUUUUCUGACAUAAAAACCAAUGGUUUUUUAUAUGAAAAUUUGAAUUUUAAUUUUACUUGACUUGAUCACGAAUGUAGGAUUAUUUCUUGAAGUUUUAGUUUUUACGACUUUAAGACGUAAUUUUUCAUUUAAAUUUUGAUUUUCAGAAUUUGUAGGCUUGAGUAAUUGCCAAUUGAAGUAAUUGGAGUGGAAAUAUGUCCUGCUGUAGACCUUGAUAUCUAAAUCGGAGAGAUCUCAAUUAUGAUUAAUGUAAAAAAGAAAAAGGAAAGUAAAUGAAACAAAUAAAAGCUCUCAAUCAAAGUUGAAUACACAGGCGUUCCUCAAAUUCAACGUAGGCAAAGCCAAUAACUACCUAACACCAACUAUAUAUCUCUUUUGUAGCUUACCGAAUCCAACUUCCCACAAAAACACACACAAUGGUGAACCUAGUAGCAGCUCAGAAGCCACUGCUACAUGGGCUGAUGAAGAUGGCCGGCGUGAUUCCUCACACCGUUGAAAUCGAACCGGGCACCGUCAUGAACAUCUGGGUCCCUCGAGACACCCUCAAGACCAAACCCAAGACCACCACCAAACCAGUCGUGGUGCUCGUCCAUGGCUUCGCCGGCGAGGGCAUCGUCACCUGGCAAUUUCAGGUGGGAUCUUUGACGAAGAAGUACUCCGUCUACGUGCCCGACCUCCUCUUCUUCGGUGGCUCCUUCACCGACAGCCCGGACAGGUCGCCGACGUUUCAGGCGGAGUGCCUGCUGAAGGGGCUGAAGAAGCUGGGUGUGGAGAGGUGCACGGUGGUGGGGUUCAGCUACGGCGGCAUGGUGGCCUUCAAGAUGGCGGAGCUCCACCCGGAGAUGGUGGACGCUAUGGUGAUCUCAGGGUCGAUACUGGCGAUGACGGACUCCAUAAGCAACGCCACGCUCGAUGAGCUCGGCUUCUCAUCGUCGUCCGAGCUUCUCCUGCCGACAUCCGUCAAGGGAUGCAAGGCGCUUCUCAAAGUCGCCGCCUACAAGAACCUCUGGUUCCCGGAUCGCCUCCAUAGAGACUUUCUCGAGGUGAUGUUUAGCAACAGAAAGGAAAGGGCUGAGCUGCUGGAGGGCCUUGUGGUUAGCACCAAAGAAACAAACAUCCCUAGUUUUUCUCAGAGAAUACAUCUGCUAUGGGGAGAGGAGGAUCAAAUAUUUAAGUUAGAACUAGCUCAAAACAUGAAAGAGCAGCUAGGAGACAAGGCCACAUUUGAAGGCAUAAAGAAAGCAGGUCACUUGGUUCACUUGGAACGACCGUGUGUCUACAAUACUUGUCUCAAGAACUUUCUUGCUUCCAUGCAAGUAAAUGAAGAAACUACCAAAUAAAGCUAUUCACGUAAUUAUAGGCAAUCAAACUACUGUCUUUAUUCAAGAGAAUUGGGACCUCUUAAAUUUGUUUGUUUGAUCCUUUUGUUUCUAUUAAUUAAGUUUGGUUUAAUUUUUAGACUAUAUAUGAUUGAAAGAAAUUUUGGUGGAUUUAUUUGCAUGCCUUGAAAA